GAUGAUGAAGCAGCAGUGAGUCCAGUGGCCCUGAUGAACAUCCGGGUUUCCCGUUGGCACCGCUGCUGUGGCUCCUAGGAGCCAUCUUGGACGCCGUUCAGCUUUUCGCAUGUCAGUCCCUCCUGCCCCCUCCAACUGCCCCGGCCGAGGGGAGAAACCCACACGGACACACACAAGGGGGCUUCGCUUCUGCUCCAAGCGUCCAAACUCACGCUCGCACCGAGAGCUCGUCCAUGCUGCUGCUGCCCGGUCAGAAUGAAAUGCUGGAUGUUUGCGGCGGCAGGGACUUUCUUUCCGACCGGCGCGCGUCUGAGGGAUACAUUGUUGUUGUGAAGAGCUCGUGUUGUUACUGUAGCGGUGAAGAAUUGCGCGCAGGCCCGCGGCGGCUCCUUCGCGUUCAUGUGUUUCAUUUCAUUCUUAAAUGCUUUCACGGCAUAAAGGACGACGUUUAUCGCCAGGAUCCUCGAAGGAAGGAACAUGUUUGUCACCUGGCUGACUUUUGCACUCGUCUGGUGCACAGGAGCCAGUCAGGCGGAGGUGGAGACUAGAGAGUGCGUCUAUUACAAUGAUAAUUGGCGGACGGAGAAAACCAAUCAGAGUGGUUUUGAGAGGUGUGAAGGGGAGAAAGACAAGAGGCUGCACUGUUACGCCUCCUGGUUGAACUCGACCGGAACCAUCCGCCUGGUCAGAAAAGGCUGCUGGCUCGACGACUUCAACUGUUAUGACCGACAGGAGUGUGUGGCUACCGAGGAGAGUCCGCAGGUGUUCUUUUGUUUGUGUGAAGGUAUUUAUUUGAGUGACACACACCUGCCAGAAGCCGUCACUCCUGCAGUAAAGAUCCAGCCUCCUCAGCCGGGGCCGUCUCUGUUGGGUGUGCUGGUUUAUUCUCUUCUUCCUUUCGGCAUUCUCUGUCUGGCCCUGGUGCUGGGCUGCUGGACGUACCACCAACGAAAACCACCCUACAGACACGUCGACAUCGGCCAGGGUGCUGGUCUUCCUCCACCGUCUCCUCUGGUUGGCCUGAAGCCGCUGCAGUUGCUGGAGUUGAAGGCCAGAGGGCGCUUUGGCUGCGUAUGGAAGGCCCAGUUACUGAGUGAAUAUGUGGCGGUGAAAAUAUUUCCCAUUCAGGACAAGCAGUCGUGGCAAAACGAAAGAGACAUUUACCUCACCGAGGGUUUUAAACAUGAGAAUAUUCUGCACUACAUCUCAGCAGAAAAACGUGGCACAAACCUUCAGAUGGAGUUGUGGCUGGUCACAGAAUUCCACGAGAGGGGUUCGCUAACAGAUUACCUGAAGGGGAACCCGUUGAGCUGGCCUCAGUUGUGCCAUAUUUCAGCAAGUAUGUCCCGUGGCCUGGCAUACCUUCAUGAAGACCUUCCUUAUCGAGCAGAGGGACCCAAACCCGCCAUCGCACACAGAGAUUUCAAGAGUAAGAAUGUCCUGCUCAAGAUGGAUUUGACCGCAGUGAUUGCAGACUUUGGGUUGGCUGUCUGCUUUGAGCCUGGGAAACCACCUGGAGAUACACACGGCCAGGUGGGAACUUGGCGUUACAUGGCUCCAGAGGUGCUGGAGGGGGCCAUUAAUUUCCAAAGGGACGCCUUCCUAAGGAUCGACAUGUACGCUCUAGGACUGGUGCUGUGGGAGCUGGUGUCUCGCUGCACCGCCUCCGAUGGUCCUGUAGGUGAGUAUCAGCUGCCCUUUGAGGAGGAGGUGGGCCAACACCCUUCACUGGAAGACCUUCAAGAUGUGGUGGUCCACAAGAAGAUGCGGCCGGUGUUUAAAGACUGUUGGAUCAAACAUCCGGGUUUGGGCCAGUUCUGCGAGACCAUCGAGGAGUGCUGGGACCACGACGCAGAGGCGCGACUGUCAGCGGGCUGCGUGGAGGAGCGCAUCUCCAGCAUCUCGAAGACAACCAACACCAUCAACACAUCUACCUCGGAGUGCCUGGUCUCCAUGAUGACAUCCGACAGCGACACGGACCUUCCUCCCAAAGAGUCCAGCACCUGAACACGCGCCUCCAAACAUCAGGGACUGCGAACCACUGUGUUCAUCGCUCCAGUAAAUGUGAACUUUGCUGCUAAUUUGAUCUCUGGAUCGUCAUGUAUUUCAUUUCUUCUUGCAUCGUUGGAUCGCUUUCACCAGCACAUUCAUCUACUGUACUCUUCCGAGAGGAAGGCACACACAAAAAACCUCAAACGCGAGAAGACCGAAAUCUCGGAGAGCAUUCAGGGGAUAGUUUCAGACUGCUGGGAUAUGAGCACACGUUACCUCAUCGGUUUUAAUGCCAUUUUUAUGUUGUUUUUUUGCCUUCACUCCAUGAAUACCUCCAUCCAAAAUGCUCUACCUUUGGGUUUUAUCAAGACUUCGUGACGAUCUGAUGACUGUUACACAACCUUCCAAGAGCACACAAGGUCCUUUUUGUACUCAGUGAAUUUUAGUGUAGUUUUAAUGUACCCUUUUUCCCUUUGAAAUGUCUUGUGGGAUGUUAUUUUUUGUAUUCCUGGCAGUGACGGCAGUUGUCUGGGACACUGGAAGCUGAAGGCAAUGGGACUGUUAUGAUUUGAGUUGCCUUUGGAGUGUCAGGAUUGGUUUUAAUGUAGCAUCUGCUUAUGUUGAAGUAUCUGAAGUCAGACGUGCCAUCAUCUCCGCUGGUGUGUUUCAGCGUUCGUUGUUUCUGAGUGACAAGAGCUGCAGUUGAAGUAUUAGUUCUGUGGCCGCGUGAAGACCAGCGCCGCGUUACAGGUUUGAUUUCAAUCACGGUUAAUUGUUUCAGUGCAUCAGGAAAGUGUGUGAUAUUUAUCCACUACACUACUCAGGUAAACUCUGUGCAUGUGAUUGUGUGACCGCUCACUCUUACAGCAAUAGUUCUCAGCAGUAUUGUGAAUCUCACAAAGAAAAAUCUGGGUCAUAAGUCAUCUUAAAUUCAAAAUGAAAAAUAUAGAAUUAUACAUUCAUUAAAAUUUUGCUCAGUGAAAGUAAAGCUUAUUUUUAGGGCCAAGAUUUUUUGCAUUGCAGCAUUAUUUCAUAGCUGUAAAGCACAUCUUAGCAUUUCAUUAGUGUAAUGGAAAACAAAUAUUUUAAUGAAAAAUAUCACACAUUGAUUUUUUUUUAUUUAUAUUAGUGUAAGGAAUUUGGUACAAGAAAACUACCCUAAAUAUUUGUACAGAUGUGCUUUACAAAUAAACAGGCGCAUCUCAAUAAA